CGGCAAGAACGUCGUGGGCUAUUGCUUUUGAGAAAGGAAAUUUUCUAUCAGGCUGUUCAAAGCGGUAUCAAAUCUGCGGAAGCACAGAAGUUGGCCGAGAAUGCUGUUGCGGAAGCACAGGAACGAAUAGCAGCUCAAAGAAAAGCACAGUUAGAAGGAAUAGAGGCUUCCAAAGAGGCCGAGAAACAGCAGAAAGUGAAAAGAGCCGAAGAAGAGCAACGGUUCUAUGACUAUGCUUAUCAAAUGGCUGAAAAAAUGUUGUAUCAUGAUGACGUUCUUGGAGAUGGUACCAAGGCUCGUAAAACAAUUAAACCGGACCCAGCAGUGCCAUCAUUACUAAAAGGAUCAAGACGGCUUGGAAUAUGGAAGAACCUUGAGGGAUGUCAGGAUCAUAGUCUUGGAUUCUGGUCAGAAUGGGAUCUCAGGGCUGCCAGAAUCAUCAACCAAUCCCUCGGACCGGAGAAUUCGUUCGAAGAGCAGAUACAGUGGACCGAACAAGGAAAACAGUGGCCCUAUCCUAUCGAUAAUGAAUAUAUGCUGGGACCGGAAGCUGAGGUCCCAUUUUACGAUCACAUUUUCUUGGAAAGGCAUCUUGCUGGUCUUGGACUGCCUAAAGAUGGUCCUAUUGCUCACUUCAUGGAGUUGGUAUGUGUUGGUAUGUCAAAGAAUCCAUACAUGACGAGAGAGAAGAAAAUGGAAAACUUAAACGCGUUUGCAGAAUUCUUUAAUGAGGAAAAACAAAAACUCAUUAAGAAAUUGCAUGAAGAAGAACAGCUAGCCGCACAGCAAGCUUAG